AUGGCUUAUGCAUCUCUACUUUCACUUGCUCAAACAUUAGAUCAGAUCCUGCAUCCUCAGGAUCAAUCUCUAAGUCUUCAUCAUACAGGGCAGCAGAUCAUGAGAUCUCUCCAUGAAAAGGUUAACUUCUUGGUGGAUUUUCUGGAUGUUAUUUCACCAAAAAGUAGCGAGAAUAUUAUUGGUUUGGAAGGAAGAAUCAGAUAUGCAGCGUAUGAAGCUGAAGAUGUAAUUGAAUCCAAUAUGUCGAAUCAAAUAGUCUCAGAAUGGGAGCAGAAAUAUGAAUGCUUGCAGGAGGUAAUAGAAGAAGUCGCUUCCAUUUCAGAAGAUUUGGUGAAGAUGAUGGAGAGGAACGAAAUAGAAAUUGUGCAAUCAAAGAACACUUAUCCUCCUGCUCGUUCCACUAACAGGACUGCUAUUGUCGGAAUGGAAGAUGAUAUUUCACGUACUAAGCAUCUGCUGAGCCUUCCGAAAUCAGAACUCUGUAUCAUCUCAGUUUUUGGGAUGGCAGGCCUUGGCAAGUCUACACUAGCAAGAAAAAUUUAUAAUGACCUGGUUAUUGCAUCUCACUUCGAUGUUCGUGCGUGGGCAAUGGUAUCACAAAACUAUUAUGAAGAAGAGGUACUCAGUCGCCUUCUGCAUUCCAUAAGAGACCUCAAGUAUGAUUCAAGCCAAGAGAGCGCAGAAAAAGUAGUUGAGAAUCUAUAUAAACGUUUGAAGGACAAGAGAUACCUUAUUGUCUUGGACGAUGUGUGGGAUGGAGAGAUUGUGUUAAAAGUCAAAAGCUUGCUUCCACAUGACAGUAAUGGAAGCCGAAUCUUGUUGACCAGUCGACUAGAAAAUGUUGCUGAGUAUGCUGAUCCUAAUUCGAUCAUUCACCAAAUGAGCUUUCUACAUACUGAUGAGUGUUGGGGGCUACUGCGUGGGUUGGUAUUUGGCGAAGAAUGUUGUCCUCCUGAAUUGGGGGAAUUAGGUAGAAAGAUUGCACAUCAUUGCACAGGACUUCCACUUUCAAUUGUCCUGAUCGGUGGUCUCCUAUACAAAGCCGAGAGGACAAGAGAAUACUGGAGGUAUAUUGAACAUAGUAUUAAUGCUGAACAUUAUGGGUAUUUCUCCAUUCAGGGCAUUAUAACUUUCUACUAUUACCAGUUGCCCCAUCAUUUGAGAGCAUGUUUUCUUUAUAUGGGUGUUCUCCCUGAAGAUUAUGAGAUCUGUAGAUCCAAACUCAUAAAAUUAUGGGUUGCCAAUAGAUUUAUAAAGCCAGAAAAAUCGAAAAGCUUGGAAGAGGUGGCAGAGGAGUUUCUAAAAGACCUUAUUGAUAGAAAUUUGAUUAUGGUUCGUGAGUGUAAUUACAGUGGUGAAAUCAAAACCUGCUGCAUCCAUGAUGCCUUGAGGGAAUUUUGCCAGAUGAAAACUAAGGAGAAGUUUAAUUCUGAUGAUGAGAAUCUUACAGAAGUCCAUGACAAUCUUCGACACAUUAGUAUUCUCUCAGAUUUGAAUAACCAAAUCCCCAAAUUUGAUCUUGCAGACAAUCUUGAUUUACGUAUCCGCUCUGUUACAUAUUUUUUUGGCAAUAGCCCACAUGGUACAUAUUUUGUCAAGAGUUUUCGGCUGCUGAGGGUAUUGGAUGCACUCACAAUAUGGUUUGACGAGUUUCCUAUCGGAAUAGUUGAACUGGAGACUUUGAGGUUUAUUGCUUUGACUUAUUGGGCAAAGCAUAGGAUUCCUUCGUCAAUAUCCAAACUUCGCAAUCUGGAGACUUUAAUUGUUAAUCCAGGGAAACUGAGAUCCAUCUUUAAUACAUCAUUCCUACCGCUGGAAAUCUGGAAGAUGUCACGAUUGAGGCAUCUCUUGCAAAAUCUGCUCUUGAAGAAACAUUCUUAUCAAAUUAUGGCAAAUUUAAAUGAUAAUUUUGGAGUGAUUUUGGAUGUAAUGGAGACGUGA